CAUUUAGCAAAGGUCAGAAUGCCGUCUGCUUUGGGCAUUAGCACACCACUUCGCUAGUUCGAUUCAGUUGCAUUUUCGCCCUCUUGCGCUCAAGAAAUCCAUUGAAAAUGGAGAUGAAUGACGACAUGCUGGAAGAAUUGGAGCUCGUGAUGCUGCCGCCGCUGACUCCGACCAUGGAUCGAGUCUUCUCAGAGGCCAUCGCGGACUUGUCCGAGAUGGAAAAAUGCGACGAGCCGACGGUGGCGACGCGUCACGACUGGAUCAAGAGCGAGGAACUGACGAGUCUGAGGAUGGCAACGCCGCCCCCGUCGACAUCACACGAGGUCGGUGGUAUCAGUCCAAGUGUUAAGAACCCUGUAACAGUUAAAGACUCGGCAGAAGCGAAACGAGCGAGACGCUCCGCCAUUGAGAAGAAAUCGAGGCAAAGACGGCAGGAAAUGCUCAAAAGAAUGCGACACGAGGUCAAGCAACUUGAAGACGUGUACACUGAGAUGACCAGGAGAAGAGAAGCGUUGAAUUCGAAUGGUAGAUCACGCUUUUCCUCAAUUUCUAUGGACGAAUUGCAACGCAAAUAUUCCGAGCUGUCUCUGGCUGCACAUGCGCUGGAGAAGGACCAAGUUGCUCUUCGUGAGUUGCUGCAAACUCACGAAAAGUUUCAACAAACGUUGAAAAAUCUGUCGGAAGGUGAAAACGAAAUCUGGAACAGCGGAAUUCCCCCCAGUUCGUCCUUCUCCGCACCAUUUCGACAACAUUCCGCAGACGAAUGCUUUGCUAUCGUACGUGCGGCUUAUCAGGAGAUUGAGAGGUUCCUCGCAGCAGACAAUUUUGAAUCUACCGGUGCGAGUUUCAUGGGGUGGGCAGAUAAACGCAAGGUGGACCGUAAUUUACAGGCACUUCAGUUUUGUUUUACCAAGAAAUUCCCCCUUGAAAGUGCACAGAAACUGCUGAAGCAGACGUGGAAUAUUUUCUCGAACGGCGACAAGAUGGCGGCAAUGUCUUUUGACAGAUCUGUGCGCACCCGGUUCGAAGUGCUGCAGGUUUUGAACGAUAAUCUGAUCAUUAUCCGCCGAGACCAUGUGAUUCCAAACAUGCCCAUGACGUUUUUCUCGGUCCAGAUCAUUUUCCGACUGCAGACGCCCACGGGUUAUACGAUGUGCAGUCGCACAAUUCCAGCACCUGAAAUUGAGAAAAUGAUGGAACCUCACGAGUAUUUCUACGACGCUUUUCACUGGACACGCUUUAACCAUUUGUACGACGGAUUCGGCAACGUUGCAGGCUGUGAAAUUGUUGCUGGUGGAUCUAUCAAAGAUCAAAACCAGGUCCAGUCUCGAUAUUGGCUAUUCGAGCUUAUCUGCUCAGUUUUGCGCUGGGAAAACGCGUGCGUCGCGCCGCUAUUGUUGAAACGGAUUUGAGCAGAUUACCUAGUUCUCUUAAACUCAGUCGAGGGGGGAUGAACUGCUCAGAUAUGCUACUGAAGCGGUAAAUAUGUGUGGGAACGCUGUUAGUUUUGCGCCCAGAACGAUGCAAAGGUUGACAUCAUGUUUGUAAAAUAAUCAAAACUUUAAUUCUCGCUACGUACACCUGUUGGAUAUGCCAAGAAGCCUACGAAGGAGAGAGCAACGCAAUAGAUGUAAGCGAAGAACGAACUGCGGGAGAGUUUUAAAUGGAUUAAAACUUAAGACUAUAAUUUAACGAUCGGAGA